GCUUGAGGGGACAAGAGGCUCCAGCCCGUCUGGCACCUGUGAGGGGCUGCACCGUAGGCAGUCAGCGUCUAACGCCACUGGCCUGGCCCCCUCGCGUUCACGGCGCCUGUAGCAGGGGCUCCGCGGUGCACACACACCCCUGGAGGCACAGCGCCCUCCUGCCGCUGGGGUGACCUUGACCUUGGGCGUGUCAUACAAACCUCAGUAAGGCCUGGAGACGGGUCAUGGUCAUGGCUGGUGCCCUCGGGGCCCUCGCCGCUGGCCCGGCCCAGAUGCUCCACAGUGGAUCCCUGGACACACGGUGAGCUUGUUUCGCUCCUUGUUUGGGAAACUGAGGCACAGAGAGCUCGGUGACUUACCCGGCAAGGAGCCAGGCUGAGGUUCGGGCCCCAGGGUCGGGCUCCAGGGCCUGGGCUCCAUGCUGAGCCUCCGGGAGACGUAGGGGGCAGGAGAGGCCUCCCUGGGGCCCUGGCCGCUGCCGUCCCCCCCGCUAGGAGCUGCAUCCAGUGAACACACUUCAAAGGGGUGGGGGCGGGGGUGGGGCAGGAAGGUAGUGGCGGUCCUGCUUCAUGGCUCACGGGCUGGAGCUGGAGGCCAUCAGCCACAUCAGAUGAGGGACAUCCGUCCUAGCCCUGCUCCUGCUUAUCCACAGACAGUGUCCCCCGCGCUUCCUGUCCUCCCUCUCCUGCCUGGCCAAGCACGUCCUGGGGGGGCCUCUCCUGUUAGUCUGGGCCGGGAGCAGCCUGGGGCUCAGAUCGGCCGGUCCUCAGCCUCCUCGGGGCCCCGCCGCCCCCGCUGUGUCGAUGCCCCCCACCCCCCUCCCGGUCUCAGGCAUGCCGGCCAGUCCUGGGCCCCCCGUCCUAGCUUGACCUUUCCACACCUGCCUGACCCUAAACUGACAGCCUCUGUGGGAGGGCAGUGUCCAGGGUCCAAGGUGGCCGGUUCCCCUGGUGGGUGGGACCUCCCCUUCGGCUGACCAAGCCUGGGGCCAUCCCAGGGUGGGCUUUUCUGGCCCCGAAGCUGAGAAGGAUCCCUCCUACCGGUCAAGAACCAGGAUGCAGCCUCAGACCCCUCCUGGCCACGUGGCACUGUCCCUCUGCUUUGUCGCCAGUACACGUGGGGAAACCGAGGCAGCGCAACUUGCCCCGAGUCACACAGCUGGUGGGGCCAGGGCUGCUGUUCAUGAAGCCAUCAACCGGGAUAAACCGAAGUUGGGGGGGGGGUCCAGAUGGGGAGGAGGUGGGGCUGGGUCCCACCACCCUGGCUCGUGUCCUGGCUCGUGUCCUGGCUCGUGUCCUGGCUCGUGUCCUGGUCAGCGUCAGCAAGACAGGGCCGCUCUCGGGCCGGCCUUCUGGGCUCCGGGUCUUACCUGGCUGUGCACCGAGGCCUGAGUGAGUCCAGUGGGGGACGGGCGCGGGGCCUGGCCUGGUUCCUGUCACGGUGGCAGAGGACACAGGCCAUAGGAAGGUGUCUGCAGAGGUCCCUGAGCCUCGGCCCCCCCGAAUCUCCCAUGAGUCCUCCCCCUCACCGGGGCUCUGUGCUUCCUCCCUGGAGACCUCUGCGGGGAGAGGGACCCCUCAUUCAUUUCCUCACCUGGAGGGCAGGGCCCCCAUCGGCUCGGUGCUGCGCUGGCCGGAUGUACCCGGCCGUCAGGACGUUUCCUCACUGUCCCAAGGCUGAUCUGAAAGAGCCAGAAAGAGAAAGCUGUUCUGAGCCCGUGGGGCCUGGGCCCGGCAUGCCCCUCGGGCUUGGGGCUGUGGUCCCGAGCCGCCCCAUGGGGGUGGGGGGCCUCCUCCCUCCUCCUCUUGGGGACCCCAGGCGGGCCCACCGUGGGGCCGUGGGUGUCCCCGGGAGCUUGUGCAACACCGUCCCGAUAUAAACCCAGGUGCUGGGGCAGCAGAGGCUCCAUGAGCGGCGAUAGACACGGGGCUGCUGAGUGUCAUCCUGGGCACUGUCCUAGUGCGGGUGGAGAUGGCCACGCCGGACCUCAAUCUACACAAGGUGGCUCUUCUGUCUUACGUGGACAGGUCGGGCAGGGAGGGGCCUGCGUGUCCGCUCCGCCGGCCCCGCCUCCGUCCCUCCAGCCCCCAGCCGACGCCACAGCAGCCACCCCGGGGGCCCCGGGGCCCACCCAGGUUGCUGAGGGCACGAGCCUCUCCUGGAGACGGGGUGUGAGAGCAAGGACCCAGGGACCGGCAGGGCCAGAGCCCUCCCUGAGCGUUUCCUGUGGGCAGGCCGGCUGGCCCUGCGGGGUCUCCGGGGCCCGGGGCUCGGCGUGGUCACCUCCUGCUCCCGGAUCGGUGGGGUCGCCCGCACCCUCCAUGGCGCCACACCCCGUGGCGCCCGGAAGAGGCUUUCCCAGCGUGGGGCCUUUGGUUCCCGUCUAGAUGCUUCUUCGCCAGUCUGUGUUGGCUGCUGAGUCAGGAGCACACCAGAAGGCACAGAGAUGACAGACGCUGGGGACACGGAUUCUUUUCUCUUGCAAAACGAUCAGUUUCUGAGUUUCAGAUGGAAGUUCUGGGCUCCGGGCGGGUGCCCGGCCUGCCCCAGGCCCUCCUGGGUGUGGAUCUGCUGCUGGAGCCCUUUCUGAAGACGCAUUCCCCUCUCCGCACCCCUGUGACGGGCCCGGCAGAAGGAACGCAGGCUGGCCUUUCCCUCAUGGGCCCUUUGCUCCCUUCCAGCUCAGGAAAUUGUGAGACAGAAGAAAUAGUGGGCUCAGAAAUAGAUGUUUUGGGGAGAUCCUGCUUUUCCUGGUAAGAACCGCUGCCCUGUUGUCACCGUUACCACCCCCUCGCCCUGCACGCCAGCUCUCCUCGGCCUUGCCGUUUCCUGCGCUGUUCCUCAUGCUGUUCCCUGUGCUCCUCCUCAUGCCCCAGACCCUCCCAUUCUCUCAGCACAAACUGGGUCAUCGUUCAAGGCCUGGGUCCCCCCGGCCCUCUGCCUGGUGUUACUGGAGGGUCUGGUGCUGGGCAGGGACAGGAUGGAGUCAGACCUCGCCCAACCCGGUGCACGCGGGCUCUCCUCCCCCCGCCCCCCAGGCCACAGGGAGAUCCACGUGAUAGACACGGACUACGAGCAGGACGCUAUUCAGAGGGUGUCCCUGCACUGGCAGGGCCAGGAUUUCCACAUGCUCAAAUACUUUAGUAAGCGCACCCCGUGGUGGGGGCCGGCCUCGCUCCCGUGUCCCGGGGUCGGCCCAGCCCAGCCCCCUGGUGUCCCCACAGCUCGGAGCCUCGAGGACGAGUACGGACCAGGCUUCUGGAGGUUCCGGGAGUUGACAGCUGAUGUAGGGCUGUACCUGGUGGCCUGGCACGGGAGGUGUGCCAAGCUCCUGAAGGAGGUGAGCCUCGCCCCCCGCUGCGCCGAGCCCCCAGGCUGAGUCUCCCGGCCUGACAGGGGCCCUGGGUCAUUCUGGAUUCACGCUGCCAGAUGGGGACCCUGAAGGCUGGGGGACUGAGGACAGGGCUGGGAGAGGGAAGGGGAGAGGCGGAGCCCGUAUGUCCCACUCGGGUGGGGACACAGACCCCGUGUCUCAGGUUCUCACUGUGCCGGCCCAUCCCCUGCCUGAGCUCCGAGAGGUGGGGACUAUCACCCUGCUUUGCAGGUAGAGAAACUGAGGCCCAGGGAGGCUGCUCACAGUCAUGCAGCUAAGACACGGGCUCCCACCUGUGGCCCCAACCACUUCCCUGAGGCCCUGCCCUUCUGUGUCUCAGGAGCUGAUCUAGAGGAUCCCCUGACCCCAGGCCAGCAUGGUCCGAGCCCCCGCCCGCCUGGCCUGCCCUGGCCCCAGGAGGCGGCUCGCACCCACUCCGAAUAAACCCCAUGCCAAACCCA